AUGGCAAUGGCUGUUUUCCGUCGCGAAGGGAGGCGUCUCCUCCCUUCAAUCGCCGCUCGUCCAAUCGCUGCCAUCCGAUCUCCUCUCGCUUCUGAACAGGAGGAGGGACCUCUUGGAGUUCGAUCUAUCUCAACUCAAGUGGUGCGUAACCGCAUGAAGAGUGUAAAGAACAUCCAAAAGAUCACCAAGGCCAUGAAGAUGGUUGCAGCUUCAAAGCUAAGAGCAGUUCAAGGCAGAGCUGAGAACUCCCGUGGACUUUGGCAGCCAUUUACUGCACUUCUAGGAGAUAAUCCCAGCAUUGAUGUAAAGAAGAGUGUGGUGGUCACUCUCUCUUCUGACAAGGGUCUUUGCGGUGGUAUUAACUCCACUGUUGUUAAAGUGAGCAGGGCUCUCUACAAGUUGAAUGCUGGGCCUGAAAAGGAAGUUAAGUUUGUUAUCGUCGGAGAGAAAGCAAAGGCUAUAAUGUUCCGUGACUCAAAGAACGACAUUGCUCUUUCUGUAACAGAGCUGAACAAGAAUCCACUCAAUUAUGCUCAGGUUUCAGUUCUAGCUGAUGACAUCCUGAAAAACGUUGAAUUUGAUGCUUUGCGCAUUGUCUACAACAAGUUCCAUUCAGUUGUCGCAUUUUUACCAACUGUGGCCACUGUUUUGUCACCAGAGGUUAUUGAAAAGGAAUCUGAAAUUGGAGGGAAACUCGGUGAGCUCGACUCAUACGAGAUUGAAGGUGGUGAAACAAAAGGAGAAAUCCUGCAGAAUCUUGCCGAGUUCCAAUUCUCUUGUGUAAUGUUCAAUGCGGUGCUGGAGAAUGCGUGUAGUGAGAUGGGAGCAAGAAUGUCUGCCAUGGACAGCUCAAGCAGAAACGCAGGAGAGAUGCUUGACCGUCUCACCCUUACUUACAACAGGACUCGUCAAGCUUCUAUCACAACAGAGCUUAUCGAGAUUAUCUCUGGAGCCUCGGCUCUUGAAGCCGCUAAAUAA